AUUUAGUGCACGUCCGGUCUUUUCAUGCUUUUUAAGACCUGAUAGAAGACUAAUCUUCGAAAAAUAUGUCUGACGCCGAAGGAGACGAUGCACCAGCUGUAGUGCCUGCCUCAACGGGAGCGGCAGGAGGACCAAUGGACUUGAAUACGGCCAUCCAAGAAGUUUUGAAAAAUUCCUUAAUCCACGACGGACUCGCCAAAGGAGCCCAUGAGUGCGCCAAAGCUUUAGACAAGAGACAGGCCCAUUUGUGCGUGUUGGCAAACAAUUGCGACGAGGCCAACUACGUUCGUCUGAUCGAAGCUCUCUGUGCUGAACACAACAUCAAUCUCAUCAAGGUUGAUGACAACAAAAAACUUGGUGAGUGGGCUGGCUUGUGCAAGAUUGACAAAGAAGGAAAGGCCAGAAAGGUCGUUGGUUGCAGUUGUGUGGUCGUCAAGGACUACGGCAAGGAGUCACCCGCCCUUGAUGUCUUGAAUGAAUACUUCAAAUCCCGCAAAUAAGAAGAUAAAAGAACUGUUUUUUUUUUUUAAUUUUAAUCUUCUGUUAUUGAAACUGAUCAUUCGUUCAAUUGUUUGUACGCUGAUUUGUUGAAAUAAAGGAAUUUUAAAUUUU